AUGGUGAAGUCGCUCGAUCUAAACGCCUCACCAUAUGACACAUCGAAUGAAUACAACGGAUUAUUUAUUGGAAAUAUAUUCAGUGAAAUUCAAGAUGAAAUAAAGAACGAAUAUGUUACUGAGAAGUUUGAAAAGAAAAAGAUUUCCGCACAACUGGGUGAGGGGAAAGGACAUCAUGAUGAAGGCAUUAAGGGAACUAGCCAUUUUGCUCCUAGAGGGAAGAUUAAUAUAGACGAAUAUGUAAAUUUCGUAAUCGAUAAAAAAAAUGAAUACAAAAAAAAAAAGAAGGAAUACCUCAUUGAAUAUAUCAAUCAAGGAAAGAUAAGAAAAUUUCACUACAAAGACAUGGAAAUUUUAUUUAAAAUAUUUUACCAGUUUUUGGAUUUUCAAGAAAAGUGUUUAUUGUGUUGCACAUACUUGUCGUUCCCACAUUUGUAUCUUAAGGGGCGCCGGGAAAGAGGAUGCAAAGGUUUUGCAGAGAAGUACCAACACAAGGGCUGCAGUAGCGGUAGUGCUAGCACGGCUAGUACUAUUAGUGAAUAUUGUCGCCCCCGCUCGCGUCACCACGCUUCUGGUGUGCCAUUUUGCGAAUGUCUAGAAACCAUUGGACGAUCGAAACAAUAUCUAAGCGAGAAAAAGGACGACUACUACAUAGACAUGAUUCACCUUUUGCAGCAUAACGGAUUAUCCUUUUCGUCCAAUGUAAAAAAAAAUAUUGUUAUAAAGGAAUUUACCAAAAAUGCAAAGUUCACAGAAUUUUAUAAGUGCAAUUCUGUUAAUGAAAAAUGUGUCAAUACUCUCCCCCUUAAAGGUGUCGAUACUGUAGAUACAAAAUAUGUAAACGUAUGUAGAUACCUGGAGAAGCCUCGGCUGACUAUUGAACACGUCAAGGCGCUAAACAGUCACACGGAAAACUUUACACCCCUUUUUAAGGUUCACAAGGCCAGCACGCUCUUAACGACGGUCGAAAAGAAGCUUCUAAUCGAGUGCCUAAAAGUUAUCAAGAAGAUAUAUGUUUACGACAAAAUAGACAAGCUAACUGUGAUCAUUUUUUGUUACUUGAGCAAUUUAUACAACGUGGUGAUGCGCCUGAAUGCGGAGUGUAUUUUGAGUUGCUACUCGCGGAAGCAUUUCGAAUUUUUCCUAUACUAUUUCUUUCAAGAGAACCCCCCAUCCGCUAGACGGACGAAAGUGCUAGCUAUGAAAGUUUACAGGAGCGGUGAUGGGCACGAUGACCUCAGCGAGGAUCACAACUGCUAG